CGUUAUAUUUUACACCUGUAAUUCUGCGUACUGAAUACGACUGUUUAUCAACAAAUUUAAUUAAGGAGUAUUCAGCGAUUGGACUAUAUGUAUUUCAAAAAUUAUUAUUUCUCUGAAAAUGCCUGGCGGGAAUCAGAAGAAGUCCAAAAAACAACGUGACAAUCCUACAAAGACCCAGAAAGAAGAGGCAGGUGGUUCAUUAUCACAAACAGCAGACCAUAUAAAGACGAAAUUGGACCAAACCUGCAGACACCUAGACAUGUUGUUCAAGCAGAAUGCCCUGGAAACGGCAAAGCUUGGUCCAAGACCUGAGUUGAUGGGGCUGACACCUUUAUCGGUGGCAGCAAAGGUCAACUACAUCGACGCCGUGAUCAGGCUGCUGGCCGCCAACGCCGACGUCAAUGAGCAAUCAAGCGACGGGGGUACAGCACUGAUGCAGGCGACCAUUGGGAAGUUCUAUAACACCAUGGAGAUACUCCUGAAGAGGGGAGCAGAUCCUUCCAUAGCCAACAGUGAAGGAAACAAUGCAUUUAUGGUUGCAGUGACUACAGGCGACGCCAAGGUGCUCAACGGCAUCUGGCCAUACCGACGAAAUCUCGACAUCAACUACGCCAACGAAAUCGGAUACACCGCGCUCCACCUAGCGGCCGAGUUGCGCUGGGAGAGCUGCAUUCAGUUUCUUCUCCUGAACGGUGCCGACGUCAACAAGCGGUGCAAGAAAGGCUGCAGCCCGCUGUUUAUCGCCGUAGUGAACGACGACAUCAAGUCGGUGGAGAGACUGACGGCCAACCACUGCAACAUCCUUCUGGAGGACGAGAACUCGUACACGGCGAUAUGUAGGGCAGUGGAUUUGGAGAAGCAUGAAAUAGGGAAUUUCUUACUGCGGAAGCUGAGCACUCCAGAGAGAGACUAUUUCGUAAAGACGAGAAUCGAGAAGCUUCGCGCCAACUUCAGCGAGGACCUCGCGAACGGCAUCGUGUUCCACGUGCUGAUCGCGGCGCACGCCGAGCUGAAGGACACGUACUAUAAGUUCAAGCUGGUGCCCAACCUCAUCCAGAUGUCCCAGCGGCACAUCGAGGACACGGAAUGCGUGGGCUGGGUGAUGGCGCUGUGCUACAUGGUCAUGUACGACCCGGACACGUUCGUGGAGGAACGCUUCGUUGUCCAGUUCAUGCGCGCGCACGGCCAGGAGCUCGUGCUGAAGGCGCUCAAGUACUGCGACGAGCGCGAGCACCUCGGCGUGAGCAUCGAGCACGUGGCGCGCAUCUUCCUGCCGUUCGUGGCGCUCAGCGAGACGAAGGAGGGCGAGCAGUGGCUAGAGAAGAACUGGCUGUCGGUGGCGCGCUACACGGAGUUCCUCAAGACGAACAGUGGCAUCGAGUCGGUGGACGAGUGCUGCAGCUUCCACGGCCGGGAGAUGUGGAACCGGUUCUCGGCCUACUUCGAGGGCAUCCAGAACAAAUACCACAAGCAGAACGCCGCCGAGCUGUUGGAGGAGGAGACGAGGCGGCAGGAGCAGCAGCAGAAGAAGAAGGAGAAGAAGCGGCAGAAGCGGCAGAAGCAGAAGGAGUGGAAGACGACCGGCGGCGCGUCCGACAGCGACAUCAUGGCCGAGUGUUACGCUCCGCAGGAGCAGAGGUCGGAGCCGGUGCUGCUUCACGCGAGUCAGGACUACCACGGCGACAUGGGUGUUGAAAAGCAGCAUGUGGGUAACAGAGACGCUGGAGGGAUAAUGCCCUGUAACGACGGCGGUGUCGAGGUUAAGAUGAGAGAUACUUCUUGUCAUAGUGAGUACAUCCACGUCCCUGACCCCGCUGUCGUCGCUGUGUCUCAGGAAAGAGAACCUGCCCAUCAGUCAAACUUCAGUUUCACGGCGGAGGAGAACUCCAGCAGCUGGAUAACGGUGGAAUCAAAAAAGUCCGUUCAGGUCAAGGUCACCGGAUCAAAGACCGCGAAAGGGUUCGGGUCGCUGGAAAAGAACAACGGCAAGAAACGCAAUGGCCAGGGUAAGAAGAAGUCGAGCCAGAAGUCUAGUCCCGUCAAACUGCACAGCAACAUGAAGUGGUCCGACGUUGCCAAGGGAAACAUCAUACCCAACAACCAGACGUGGGGCCAGGCGUCCGUGUAUGUGGAGAUGAAACCCGAGAACGACACGGCCAUCCCUGAUUACGAGCAGGAGUUCCCGUCCUUGCACGGGAAAGACAAGUCAGACGCCGGGUACGUACUGACUUCCUUUGAAUCAAUGACUGACGUUGCUUCCGAGUCCGUGUGCUCGGGGAUGACGGUCGACUUUGAGAAUGAACUCGACCAGGAGACGGAGAAUUGGGAGUACGAGCGGUCGGCAGAGGAAAACGACGGUCAGCAAAGGGCAGACGUCUGUGACUCGUUCACCGACGCUAAUUCCGGCGUCUAUGGCAUCCCAAUGUGGGCAGACUUUACCUUAAAAGCAAACCCUGACUAUUACAUACAUCAGGCGCAGCCCCCUCUUCCUCCUCCUCCUCCUUACUGUAUGCCGCGAGCUGUUGACCAGGUUUGUUUUCAAAAACCAGUGGAAUCGUUAAACAGCAUUGCAAAUUCAUUGUCACGCCCACAACCCAUGGAUUCAUUAAACGGCCCUGGACAGUCGGUGAUAUAUCCCAAGCAAGUCCAGGUUUGCAAUUACAAACCAAACUGUUCAGCAGAUGUGAAAUCGCAGACGCAAAUUAUUACCAACAGAGAUCUGUUUUCAAAAGCAACCUAUUGUCACUCUGUUGCGGAGUUGGAAGCCUUAAUGAAGGAGGAGAUCUCGAAUCCGAAUGUUGACGUACAAGGAUCCCUUUCUAAUAGCUCCGUUCAAGAGUACCUCAAAAGAUGCGAAAACAGCAGGAAGGGCACGUGCAACAAAGAGCAAGACCAAAACAACAUGGUUUCCUUUCUCAGCAAAGUGAUUGGUGGCAGCACCGACCUGGAUGGCGGAAGGUCAGACAAGAUUCUGUUCCCAGCAGACCUGCGCGACGACGACCACAGUGAGAAGGGCGACUCCAGCAAGGACGACCUGCUGCCCUAUCCAGAGACGAGGGAACUGUUCCCGGGCUUCUAUGACUGCAACGAUUCCGUCGUUGGAAAGGGCGUGCUGGCGUUGUCUCUUGAGGACCUGGCGAAACAGCAGGUCCUCGAGCACUACAAGUACUUGGCAGGUAACGACUCGCUGAAAGACAACGUCUACUUCCACGACUUCUACUACUAUGCGUCGCUGUACGGCCUCACCAUGGAGGACCUGGAGAAGUACGCCUCGACGAAGAACGGAAAAACGGAAGACUUGCAGGACGAGAUCGCUCCGGCGCCUUCAGGCUCGCAUUACUCGCAGGCCGAAUUGGAGGAGUUUCAACCCCGGCAACUGUGCAGUCUGUCGAAGGACGCUCUGGAGAAGGCGAAAGACGAUAUCGCCCCGAAAGACGACGUGGACUCGUCCGAUGCCAACGCGGUGGUCCAGGGCAACCGGCCGUCCAGCCCGCACAAACUGGCCGAGGCCAAGUGGUCGGCUCGGAGCCGGAGGUGGAAAGACAAGCUGCGCAAGAUUCUGGAACUGCCGAUGACGAUGCGGACGCAGUACAGUAAAAUUGUAAUUCCUAUCCGGACACAGGAUUUCAAUAUUAACCCCAAUGGUAAUCCAGUUGUAUUGGGAUUUCUGACAGACGGAUCAGAGGUCGCCGUGAAGGUCAUGGACGGCACGCGCAUGACCGUCAACAAAGAGGUGGUGAAGCAGUUGGCUCAGUCUGACAUGAAUUUUAACUUUCUCCUCAGAUACAAGGCGCUGGCCGAGGUUGGCAGCCGACACUUCCUGGCGAUGGAGCUGUGCGACUACACCCUGCAGGAGUACAUCAAGAUCGUGCACCUCGACCACAAGCACGACCCCCUCUCCGUCAAUAGACUCGCCUGGCAGCUCCUCAAGGGCAUCAAAUACCUGCACGACGACAUCGGCAUCGUCCACGGCAACCUCAAGCCCGACAACAUAUUUGUGGAUUCAGAAGGCAAACUUCGAGUGGGUGGCUAUGGAAUCGUCGCCAAAGACAGAAUGUGUCGAUUUUCACUUGGUCAGUCUCAAAAAGGUGGAAGUCGGUGUUGGCAGGCCACGGAGAUGUUGAUGGAGAAUGAUGAAGACGCCGUGCCUACAAUGACGUCAGACAUACAGGUGGUGGGUAUGCUGCUGUACUACAUCCUGAGCGGCGGUCACCACCCGUACGGCCAGAACCCGUACGAGAUCGAGGUGAACAUCUGCCUCAACAGCGCCGAGCUGACCUACCUCAACGAGGAGGCCAACGACCUCAUCUGCGGCAUGCUCUUCUCAGACAUCGAGGCUCGCCCGUCCAUUGACCUCUGCCUCAGACAUCCGUAUUUCUGGUCGGACGAGAAACGUUUUCGACUCAUACUGAUCGUCGGGUCUGACGUACUCAAAGAGAUGAAAACUGGCGUGGCACUGACUGGGAAUGGUGGGACCAAGAUGACAGACUUUCUGAACGUCGUUCCAAACCAAGCCGUUAGUGACAACUGGAUCACUGAAAUACACCCGUCAGUUAUGAAAGAGAUGCGAGCUUUCCGCCAGUACAAACACAGUCUGUCUGAACUGGUGCUCUUCGUCUACAACUGCUGUCUGCACUUCGAUAAAAUGUCUCGUGCUUCCAGAGAGGCCCUGGAUGAUCCGUGCAAGUAUUUCCUGGCCAAGUUUCCCUUCAUGUUCAUGGCAGUGUACCGAGCCAUCAAGGUGUCGGACAGAACAGAACGCACCUGCUACAAACCUUUCUUCUGAAACGCAAACCAGUGGCGUGUUCAGGAGGGCAAGCGCGCGCGAACAAAUUGACUGGUGUCCAUCAUUUCUUAUAAUCCAGUUACAUUCAUUUAACGUUAAGCGCAACUGAAACCCGACUCGCAAAUGACCACGAGCGCUCGGCCGUCUGAACAUGUCUUUGUAUACCCCUGGAAAUUAAUUAAGCACCACCCGAGUUGUAUUUUCAGCCAGAAAAAGCGCCUAGAAGUAGUCGUCCGUGCCGACGGAGUGUAAACCAGAUAUUGACUUCUUACAUAUAGUCUGUAUCUACUGCGUAUUUACCGAGAUGGCAUGGAUAAAUUACUUAUGAGAAUAAUUAAGCACACCAAUGUGAUUCCAGCCCCAUAGUUAAUCACUAUACAUUGACAUGCAUAUUUAUACGAUUUCUAUCUUUUUCUCCCCUAAGACUACAUUAAAUAUUGAUGCAAUGACAGUCUUACUUGCUGUGCAUCUGUAUACAAUGUACACAGAACAUUAAUGUAAUUGUUCUACAUCUUUGAAAUUGUCACAAUUACUUUAGAAAUAGAAGUCAUAUGCUGAUAACUAGCUGGUGCUUAAUUAAUUUCCAAGCGUAUAUAUAUAUAUGAGUUGUGUUCAGGCGAACAAUUUUUAGCCAUAUUAUUUUACUUGCUUUCACACUUUCUCAUUCCCUGCAUACUUUUAGCAUUUUCUAGUUUCUUAAAACCUAUUUUGCUACUUCAUAUGAGCCAUCACAUUAGAAGAUCUACAAGUUAGCUUAGCACAGUUUCUGCUUGCAGCUUUGCAAGAUAUUUUCUUUUUCUACGUUAUCUGUUUGGAGAACGUAAGCCCAUACAAAUGGUGUGAGGAAUAUAAACCCCGAGGAUUAGAAAAAAGGAAAUCACAUAUCACAAUUUGAGUUAUCACAUUACAAACAUACAACUACUUAGCACAUACGUUCAACAGAGCUGUAUAAACUUUAAAAGGGUAACUGUUGUUGAAGAAAGAAUAUAAAACAAUAUUGUAAGGAUUAAGAGAGAAAAGAACUCCGCGCAAAAACCGAUAAAAAUCAUUUCGAUAAAAAUUGUGAAAACGAUAGCAGAAAACAUUGGUUUAUAGUAACAUAUUAAAUUUCUAAAAAUCAGUUAGUUUAGUUGCAAAAUUCAAUAAUCAAAUGUUGUGUGCACCAAAAGUGGCAUUUUUUGCUGAAUCGUUCACGAAAGUGACAAGCAAAUCAGAACGCCGUAUCGAGGUCAUGUGAUCCAAUAUGGCAGGUCCUAUCUAUUUCUCGUGUUUAGGCUGUUAACUUCAUAUUCUUCCCUGGACUCAACCACUGGCCAUGCCAGAGACUGGACUCAGGAUUGACAUGGCGUGAUAAAACGAAAAAGUGUUUGGAAUUGGAAAUUUAGUGAUUUCUUGCUAACAGUAUCAUGUAAUAUUCUGAUGGAAAACUUUACGAAUGACUUGACCUACAUUAGGAGACUAUAUACCACCGUGACCACAUCCUAGGUUGGCAAGGGGCUGCGGUCAGCUGGUAGAACACUCGUCUGAGCUGUUAUGGGUCAUACAAUCGAUCGCUAUCAGUGGAUUCAACGGUCGUGGUAUGUGCUGUCCUGACUGAAAAAGUGCCACAUUUAUAUAAAAGGCACUUGCGGAUUCAGGGUUUUUUUUAAUGUUUUUUUUUUAGGCAAGAGUAGCUUAUAUGACGUGACUGCGUUCAGUAAAGAGCAGGCUAACGUUCGUGAAUUAUUUAACCGAUUCCGUAGCCCACUGAUAACGUCCUCGCCUGGUGCACGGUCGGUCUAGGAUCGACCCCUGUAGGUGGGCCCCUUUGGGCUAUUUCUCUUUCCAGCCAGUGCACCUGGGCCCGUGCUUAUAAACUUUUAGAGUCCAGACUAAAUCUCUAAUGACGUCA